CCUGUUUCCUUUACCUUUUUUGGCGAAACAUUUAUCCAAACACUACAACUUUUAUUUUUCCUUUUUUGCCAUCACCUGAAAAUAGUGCAUGAGCUCUUCCCCCUAUACCUCGUAUGUGGUAGAUAUCCACCUACCGCCAGCUAUUAUCAUACCACCUGUCAUUUUAACUUUAGUGUAUGUACUAGUGUUGACAAUAGAUUACGUUUUAAUAAAGAAUGAUGCGAAGCUUGCUUCCAUCAUCAGUCCCAUGAAGCUUCGCGUUUUGAUAGCAGUAUACCACUUUUUGUUACCCAUUGUCUUUGCAUCCAAGUAUGACUUUGGCAACAUCAGUUUUAUGUUACAGCCCUGGACGACGGCAUUGCAAAUCGUGUUUCUUGCCAAAACCGACUUAUCCAUCAAGAAAUGGGUAGCCAUGCUUUUCAAGGUUGCAACAUUUCAAGACGAUAGUCCAACAACAGAUACCUCCCGAGAAAUACGAAUCCAGGGUUUAAAAAAGGUGGCUCGAGGAUCGAUAAAAUUUGUUUUUAUGAAGCUUGUGUUGGAUGGAUUACUUCCUAAAGAUUUAUCAGAUCUUUUAGGCAUGCCCGUGUUUAGUCCUCGAGCAUUAUUCAUCACAUACGUACUGGCAUUUCGAAUUUAUUGUAUGAUGGGUGUCACUGAUAUCAUUAUGGGCCUUGUUCAGUGCACUUGUCUUAUACGAUUUAAAGAUAUAUUUGACAACCCUUUUAUGGCUAGCAGGUAAAAGAAAGUUAAUGUAUGUAUAAGUCGGUCUAUUAUUUAACCCUAUUUGAUAGUCCAAAAGAUUUUUGGAAUAAAAGAUGGAAUCGAUUGGUCAAUAGUAUAUUUCGACAAUUUAUAUUUUUGAAGGCAAUGGAUCAAGACAAAA